AUGGGCUUAGAUCGAAAUGAUUUGGUAAGACGAGCUCGUGAUAAGGUUUUCCAUGUACAAUGUUUUCAAUGUACAGUAUGCCAGAAGAAAUUAGACACCGGUGAACAG